AGGGGUGGAACAGCCCACAACAACAAUCACUCAGUCAAGGAACACCAAGGCGGGAAGACGGUUAUUGCCUCAGUGUCUCCUCAGCUUUCAUAUAGAUCCUACGGUGUCCUGGGGUCCUGCCUGACGCUCAAAGUAUUCUAGUUGUUGAUUACAUACAAGGAAACAUGAAUGGACAAGCAUGUGUUGGGGUGUGUGGCAGUAAUCAUUGGGGUGGAGCAAGAGGUCGGGAAAACAGUACGCGGAACCAAAGGUCACGGGGCAGAGGCAGAAGCAAGAUUGGUUCAGACAAGACGCCAGAGAAUAUCCCAGAUGACUUGGUGGACCCUUGCAAGGUCUUUGUAUCAAACUUGCGGCCUCAGGUUACAGAACAAGUGCUGCGGGAGGCACUGUCUCACUAUGCUGCAGUGGAGAAGGUGACCAUCAUUAAGGACAAGCAGACAAGGAAGAGCAAAGGUUAUGGCUUCGUCAAGGUGAAGACUCAGGAGGAUGUUGCAAAGUUGCUUCAGCUGCGUGAUGGUGACCGCUUUGUUCAUGGACGAGAGAUUGUCAUCCGGCUGGCCAAGAAGAAGAUCAGCUUGCCAGGGGAUGACAGCUAUGUGCGCCGCCCACUGCCUGAGAGAGAGUUUGAUCUGAGCCAGCCGGAUCCAAACCAGCCCUCAGUACACAUGCUGGUGGAUGAUGUCAUGUUCAAAAUCUUCUCCUACCUCCCCAUCAAGAACCUGGUUCGGUGUGAGGGAGUGUGUCGGCGAUGGCAGAUGUUGGUUCACAGGUUCUUCUCCAAAAUGACCACCUUGGAAAUCAAUGAAGGCUCCCUGGAAAUAGCACCACCAUUUACAAAGGCUAUGAUUUCCAAGCUGCUCAUCCUCUCAGGCCCCAACCUCAGGUCCCUCAAGGUGCAGAGAGCAGACUUUGCCACAAAACAAAACAUCCUCAAGAUCAUCAGUCAGCUUUGCCCGGUGCUGGAACACCUGGAUGUCACAAAGGCACGAGGCAUCAACUUUACCCACAUUUCCAAGUUGUCGGCAGGAUGCAAAAAUAUCAAGUCUUUCAUUGCCAAGAACUGUUUUGAUUUUGAUGAGAAGGCGAUGCAUCAGCUUCUGGUCAGCUAUCCGGAGUUGGAGAAACUUGAUGUAGCUGGCACUUCAGUGUAUGGCAAGAACUUUAACUUCCUGCCCAACACCAUCAAGGAACUCUGCAUUGAAAGAAUUCCAGAUCUGUGUCACAAGAAGAAAAGAAUAACAGAAAUUGCUGACAGGUGCCCCAACAUUGAAGUUUUGGAGAUGAAGGAAUGCAUGGUCUCCAAAGUUGACUUGGAAUAUUUUGGAAAGAAUUGCCACAGCCUUGCCAAGCUGUGUGUAUUCAUGCCAAGUGUUGAAGCCAUAGAAGCCCUGUCCUGCUUCAAGAACCUGAAGGAUCUGACUCUAGUGGGUGACUUAGUGGACCUGCCAGAACUCUUCAGAAGUGUUCCAAAGAUAGAGGUGCUCUCAGUGGAGGCAAGGGACAUCAUCAGUGAUGAAGUUGACUUCUCUAUGUUGGAGCACUUGAAAAGUUUGAGACUCAACCAAACAAUGCUGACAAAUGCAUCACUCCUGACACUGGCCAAGUGCAAACACCUGGAGGAGUUUUACCUAUUCAAGUGUUACUCUCUACCUCAGGAGGCUCUUUUCCGUAUCUUGAAGGGCUGCAUAAAGCUAAAGAGGAUAGCCUGCCCGAGCCUGCAGGUGUCCCCUUCCUUCAUCACCAUGGUGGAUGAGAUCAUGAAGGGGCGCUCAGGGAAGCUGAUCAUUGAAGUGCGGGACAUGGGGGUGCUCCUCCAAGAUAUCCAGUAUGACAAGAACAAGAUAGAGCUCGACUACUCACGUGAUUUCUCGUACCUGUAUGACCCCUUCAGCUAUGAUAGUGAUGAUUCUGAAUACUCUGAUGUCAGCUUCAAUACCAGCUGGUAUGACAGUGAUGAUUUUGCUGACCACUUCCUCUUCAAUGAUGAUUUUCAGGAUGACCUCUUCGAUGCAGCUGUAAUGUUGGCAGCCUGGAAUAUGCAUGACUCAGAUAUUUAUUGAUGUGUGUGUGUGUGUGUAUGUUUAGCAAUCCUGUAAGGCAAGGCAACAAAUUUUUCUUGUGGUAUCAAAGCUAUUUUUAUACAUGUUUUCUUUCUUUUUUUCAAUAUUGUUACAACUGUGUUGUAAAUUGUGAAUUGGAUAAUUUAUAAUGUUAAGUAUUAAAUUUUUGACAUAUAGAAAUAUACAUAUAUAUAAUAUGAUGAAGAUUUGUUUGAAAAUCAACUGAGGGCUUCAUCCUGUGACUUCAUACAAGGUACUUCUGACAGUAAAUGUGAUAUGCAUGAAAUGUGCAUUUAGAUGUCCAAGUACAUAAUGAUCAAUUAUGUGAAUGUAUUUUGUCAGUUUUUUGAGAUUAAUAAUUGUUGUUGAAAGUAUUUUCUUCUUUACACUUGUGUAAGUUAAUUCAAACAAGCAAAAUGUGACUGACUCAGCAGACCCUGUUCCCAAGGAGUCGGUUACAGUCAUGUGUGAUCUAUAGUGCAUCGUUACUUGGAUUCAACCACUUUCUCUGUGAUAAUAGGUGUAAAUAUGCUGUAGUUCCUCCAACACACUGCAGUGUUCUGCAGACAUGCAUGAGGCCAUAUUGUGUCAAUAUUUGGUGGUUUAUUAUAAAGGCCAGUAUAUACUGAUGAUCAUAAACAUUGUAUUGAAGUGCCUUUGUGCAUUCAGUGAAAAGUGGCAUUCUCAUAUGCACUAGAGAAAACUGAUGCUGCUUGUUGGUUCUUUUUCAUUGUGGAAGUUCUUUGCUUAACCAAUACCACACUAUACAAGAUUGCAUUCGAGGCUCAAAUGCAUUGCAUGGAAUUACUUCCUCUUGAGGCUCUAUCAAAGAAGUAUAUUUGUCAUGGUAUGUUAUGUCAUAUCUGACAAUUUAGUGAUAAAAUUUUAGCUCAUACUGCUUUCCUUUAUGACAGGAUUCAUGUGGUUAGAGAAUCUCUGAUACCAAGAUAAUGGGAUUGUACAAGAGUUAUGUUUUAUUGAUUUCCUGUCACAAGUGCUGUAUAACCAGUGUUGCUUACCAUAUGUUAUUUACUUUAGAGCUGUCAGUUUUAUUUGAUGUGAAAAAUGUAAUUUGUUAUGAGUUACAAAGGUCAAGUACAACAAAUAUUAUGAAUACUUGUCAUGUUCACUUCAAACAGUGUGUGAAAUACAAAAUAUACUAUUCCAAAUAACAUGUACUGCAUGUCAUACAAAGCAGACAGGCAUACAAACAAAUGAACACACAGGAAGCAAAAGCAGCUGUUAUUUACCUUCCAUGCUGGUCUGUGACCUGUGUCAGCAUUGGCAGGAAAAUUUUGUUUGAUAAAUCUUCUCUUUAUCCAGAUUUUGUGUAUGCAAUGAAACCACAAUGAAAAUAUAUACACUUUA